AUGGGCUAUAAUUACCACUAUGAUAUUGCCACAAGUAAAGCGAAAGUGAUAUUCAAAUUGUUGUUUCGAUGGAGAGGAUCAGUUUGGAGAGCCGUUUAUGUCGAGUAUUUGAUAUGGUUAACCGCCUACGCAAUCCUAUCUUGCAUUUAUCGCCUUGCUAUGUCUAAGGAGCAGCAAGGAACAUUUGAAAAAUUUGCCGCAUUUUGCGACAAGCGCCUUGCUUAUAUACCAAUGAGUUUCAUGCUUAGUUUCUUUGUCACAGUUGUUAUCAAUCGGUGGACGACGCAAUUUGCGAACCUUGGCAUGAUCGACAAUAUCGCACUGUUUACAUCGCAACUGAUCAAGGGAAACGACGAUCGGGGAAAGAACCUGCGCCGAAAUAUUGUUAGGUAUUGCGUCGCAUCACAAUGUCUUGUUUUUCGUGAUAUUCACCUUGGAGUUCGAAGACGAUUCCCCACUCUGGAGACUAUGGUGGCUGCAGGUAAAUUCAUAUAA